GAUUUAUUGUUUUCAUUUUCUCAUUAGGAUCUUACACACCUCUGCAAACGAAGUGAGCUAGCUCAAGGAGUUUGAGGAGGAGGAGGAGAUCAUAUAUCAUAUAUGGCUACUUUUCCAGAUAUUCAGAAGCCUCUCUUCUUCGCUUUCAUUCUCAUAUGGCUCAUACUGAUGUGCUUUGGCUCCAAAGCCCAAGGUGGUCGGCUUCCUGACGAUGAAGUGGAGGCUCUCCAUGAAAUAGCAGAACAAGUGGGGAAAAAAGAUUGGGACUUCAGCCUAAACCCUUGUGAUGGCAACGCCAACUGGUCAACACCUAAAAGGAAGGAAAUGCCCUUGUAUAACAAUACUCUCACCUGCAAUUGCUCCUAUCCCAACGGUCAAUGCCACGUCGUUCAGAUAUUUCUCAAAGGGCAGGAUCUUGCUGGUGUGCUUCCCCCCUCUCUGGAAAAACUGCCUUACCUUAAGAUGAUUGAUUUCACUAGGAACUAUCUUAGUGGUAACAUACCGCAUGAAUGGGCUUCUAUGCAAUUAGAAUAUCUGUCACUUACUGUGAACAGAUUAUCGGGACCAAUACCUAGCUUCUUGGGAAAUAUUACUACUCUGAGAUAUAUGAGUUUGGAGAGCAACCUAUUCUCUGGAACUGUUCCUCACCAGCUUUGGCAACUAGUCAACCUGGAAAAUCUCAUUCUUAACACUAACAAUCUCACUGGGGAGUUGCCUCCAACACUUGCUAAUCUAACCAAAUUAACAGAAUUUCGGAUUAGUAGCAACAAUUUCACUGGAAAAAUACCCAAUUUUAUUCAUAGUUGGAAACAACUUCAGAAAUUAGAGAUCCAAGCAAGUGGUCUUGAAGGGCCCAUACCUUUUAGCAUUUCUGUCUUGAAGAAUUUAACUGAAUUAAGGAUUAGUGAUUUACCUGGGGAAGGCUCAAAUUUUCCAUCUCUAGGAAACAUGACAGGCAUGAAAAGGCUGAUGUUGAAAGGCUGUAAUAUCUUCGGAUCAAUCCCCAAAGAUUUAGCAAAGAUGACAGAACUGCAAAUUUUAGACCUUAGCUUCAACAAGCUGGAAGGAACUGUUCCAAACCUGGAAGAUUUAACAAAAAUGGAGCUCAUGUAUUUGACAAGCAACUUGCUUAAUGGGCCUAUUCCGGACUGGAUCAAGAGCAGAGAUAAUCGCUACCAAAUUGAUAUUUCUUAUAAUAACUUUUCUGAGCCCUCUGUGCCAUCUACUUGUGGAGAAAGCUUGAACUUGUUCCGAAGCUUUUCUGAGAGGGGAAAAUUAGAACUUGGUAAGUGCCUGAAUAGUUUUCCAUGUUCCAAAGAUCGGUAUUCACUGCAUAUAAAUUGUGGUGGAGAAGGAACCACCAUUGGAGACGUAGUCUAUGAAGCGGAUGACGAUUUAGCAGGUCCAUCCGAGUUUAACCCCAUCAGAGAUAAUUGGGGUUUUAGUAGCACAGGACACUUUUGGGAUCAAAACAGAACCUCAAAGGAUUAUAUAGCACAGAAUGUAUCCAUGCUCAGGAUGAAUGACUCUGAAUUGUACAAAAGAGCACGACUUUCUCCUCUGUCUUUCACUUACUAUGGACGCUGCUUAGCAGAUGGGAACUAUACUGUGAAACUUCAUUUUGCAGAGAUAGUGAUAAGAGACAAUAAAUCCUUUCACAGUCUUGGAAGACGUAUUUUUGAUGUUUACAUCCAGGAAAAGCUGGAGUUGAAAGAUUUUAACAUUGUACAAGCAGCACAAGGGGUUGAUAAGGCAUUUGUAAAAGAAUUUAAAGCAGUUGUAAAGAACAAAACUUUAGAGAUCCGAUUUCAUUGGGCUGGGAAAGGUACAACUGCUGCCCCAAAGAGAGGAACUUAUGGUCCUCUCAUAUCAGCCAUUUCUGUAAAAGCUGAUUUUGAGCCUCCUUCUGAUGUAAAAAAGAAGAUAUUCAUUGUGGUUGGGGCUGUGGCUGUGGCUUUGGUAUUAUUCCUUGUUUUUGGUAUUCUUUGGUGGAAAGUUUGUUUUGGAGGCAGAAUCUCCCGGGAACAAGAAUUGAGAGGAUUAGAUCUGCAAACUGGUUUAUUUACCUUGAGACAAAUUAAAGCUGCUACCAACAACUUUGAUGCUGCAAACAAGAUUGGAGAAGGAGGUUUUGGAUCAGUCUACAAGGGUACACUAUUAGAUGGAACCAUAAUUGCAGUGAAGCAACUUUCUUCGAAAUCAAGUCAAGGAAAUCGUGAAUUUGUAAAUGAAAUAGGAAUGAUAUCCGGUUUACAACAUCCGAAUCUUGUAAGAUUAUAUGGAUGUUGCAUUGAAGGGAAUCAACUGCUGUUGGUAUAUGAAUACAUGGAGAACAAUUGCCUUGCCCGUGCUUUAUUUGGUGGAGGAGAAAUCCAAUUGCAAUUAGAUUGGCCUACCAGGCAAAGGAUUUGUAUUGGCAUAGCAAAAGGUUUGGCUUUCCUGCAUGAGGAAUCGACACUGAAAAUUGUUCAUAGAGACAUCAAGGCAACCAAUGUACUUCUGGAUAGGGAGCUUAACCCCAAGAUCUCUGACUUUGGUCUGGCCAAGCUUGAUGAAGAAGGAAACACCCACAUUAGCACUAGAAUUGCUGGAACUAUAGGAUACAUGGCACCCGAGUAUGCAUUAUGGGGUUAUUUAACCUAUAAAGCAGAUGUAUACAGUUUUGGAGUUGUUGCUUUGGAAAUUGUUGCUGGGAAGAACAACAUGAAAUAUAAGCCAAAUGAAGAUUAUGUGUGUCUUCUGGACUGGGCAUUUGUUUUACAACAAAAAGGAAAUUUAAUGGAGCUUGUGGAUCCAAAGUUAGGGGCUGAUCUCAACAAGGAAGAGGCAAAAAUAAUGAUUAAAGUAGCUUUACUUUGCACCAAUCCAUCCCCGGCACUCAGGCCUACCAUGUCUGCUGUAGUGAGCAUGCUGAAAGGACAAACUGUUGUUCCAGAAGUACUGAUCAUGGAUCCGAGUUCUUAUAGUGAUCACUUGAAGUUCAAUGCUCUCAGAGGUCAGUAUGAUCAGAUGCAACUUGAGAGCCAUAGUGUCAGUGGGCCACUCAACAAGUCAUUGGAUUCAACAACGAAGGGAUCUUCCUCCACAUCUUCUCAGGAUCUAUAUCAAAUCAAUCUUGACUCGCAUUAAUUUCCUCAUGGUGAGAGAGUUUGCUUGGUAAUUACCAUUUCAUAAGAACUAUAUUAUUCUUGGAAAUUCUAGCUUCAUUCUGGAAGUAAAAUGUAAUCCAGCUGUAGCUUUCAAUUUCAAGUGCUUUGAAAUUGCGGGUUGAGCAGUGCAUUAGUUAUGCAGCAUUAGGUUUCACUACUUGCAUAUUGCCAACAGUACUUUAGAGCUCCAUUCUGUGAAGCUGAACAUAUGAAAUGGAAAUGUAGUAAUUUCUUUCAA